GUGCAAUAGUUUUCUGCAGAAAGAAUAAUAAAAUAAAACAGAAUCUUAAAAUUUAAAAUGUGCGAUAAUGGCAAAUCAUAUGAGUCACUUAAGGGCGAACAGGAAACUUCUAACGACAUUUCAAAUGUGUCUCCGGAAGACAUUGAUGGAGCCUGCAUAUCUGUGAAUGCCCAAAUGGUUAUUCAUCGGCAUGAUGUCGAAUACAAGAUGUCUCAUACGCACCGUGGGCCGGCACUGAUCUUCAGCCAUGAGCACUUCAAUUACAAAAACUUGCCAUCACGACCCGAAACAAAUAUCGACAGCAAAAAUCUAAAGUGCGUGCUCAAGAAGUUGGGUUUCAAUGUAAAAGUCUACAAAGACUCAUGUUACAAGGAGCUAAAUAAAACCAUAGAAAACGCUGUUGCCGCGGAUCAUACAAAUCACGAUUGCAUUUUGAUUGCUGUUUUGACUCAUGGCGAUAGCGAUACUGUCUAUGCCAAGGAUGGAGAAUAUCAGCUGAAAAGCAUCUGGGAAUCCUUUAAAGCUGAAAAAUGCCCAUCGCUGGCGGGCAAACCGAAGCUGUUUAUUGUCCAAGCCUGUCAAGGCAAACUCAGAGAUCCGGGCUAUGUCCUACAUUCCAAAGGGCACACGGAAACGGACAGUGUUUCCAAUAGCAGUUAUAAGAUUCCCAAUUAUGCGGAUUUUCUAAUAGCCUUCUGCACCAUUCCCAACUACAGAUCGUGGAGCAAUACCUCAACGGGCAGCUGGUUUAUAUACAAUCUCUGCGAGGAGCUGGAAGCCAAUGGCAAAACGCUGGACAUGCUCAACCUGCUCACCUUUGUUGCUCAGCGCGUGGCGAAUUGUGAGAGCUACGAAUAUCAGGCAAAGCAAAUAAGCUUUACCAUGUCCACCCUAACGCGUGUUUUGCGCUUUGGUAGCCCCCCUAUCUAAGAUAUACGUUUACUCGGAAAUAUCUCUAUUUAUCAUCAAAUAUAUUCGAUUAGAUUAGAUUUUAUUUAACGUUGAUACAAUCAGAUUG